AUGUAUCUCAAUUCCAGUAUUCUACCCAUCAAAGUAAAAGAAACAAAAAAUAACAAAAUGCGAAUUCUUGUUUUCUUCUUGUUUAUUCACUCUCUGAAUAUUAGCUUCAUCAAUGGCGGAAUAUUAUCAGAACAAGAAGCAUUAUUAGCUAUUAAAUCUGCCAUUAAAGAUGAUCCUCAUAAAAGUCUAUCAUCUUGGAAAAACACUACUCACCAUUGCAAUUGGUCGUUCGUCACUUGCUCUUCGUCUUCUCACUCUCCCACUGUCAUUUCCCUAGACUUCUCCAACUUAAAACUCAAUGGUACUCUCUCUCCUCAAAUCGGUUUUCUUACAAACCUGCAAAACCUAUCUCUCCUUUUUAACGAUUUUUAUGGGCAUGUCCCGUCUUCUCUUCCUCUCCUUACAAAACUCCAAUAUCUCGACCUACAAUUUAACCAAUUUAGUGGCCGACUCCAUUUAUUUGUUAAUAUGUUGGAGCUUCGGUGCCUUUACCUUGGUGGGAACCACUUUUUUGGUUCAAUAUCGCCAGAGUUUAGUAAACUUCAAAAGCUUCAAGUUUUGGAUCUUUCUAGCAACAUUCUUUGGGGAUUACUUCCUUAUGAAUUAGGAUUCUUAAAGAGGUUGAAAACUUUAGAUUUAUCAAAUAACCUUUUACAAGAUUCCAAAUUCUUUUUCUCUUCUUACAAGUUUGAUUUAUUUAGCUUUAUCAGUACAAAUUUGAUUCAUUUGGAUUUAUCAAAUAAUCAAUUACCUGGUGAGAUACCAAAUUCUUUUUCUCUUCUUACAAAUUUGAUUCAUUUGGAUUUAUCAGACAAUCAAUUACAUGGUGAGAUACCAAAUUCUUUUUCUCUUCUUAUAAAUUUGAUUCAUUUGGAUUUAUCAAAUAAUCAAUUACAUGGUGAGAUACCAAAUUCUUUUUCUCUUCUUACAAAUUUGAUUCAUUUGGAUUUAUCAGAUAAUCAAUUACAUGGUGAGAUACCAAAUUCUUUUUCUCUUCUUACAAAUUUGAUUCAUUUGGAUUUAUCAAUUAAUCAAUUACAUGGUGAGAUACCAAAUUCUUUUUCUCUUCUUACAAAUUUAAUUCAUUUGGAUUUAGCUUUUAAUCAAUUACAUGGUGAGAUACCAAAUUCUUUUUCUCUUCUUACAAAUUUGAUUUAUUUGGAUUUAGCUUCUAAUCAAUUACAUGGUGAGAUACCAAAUUCUUUUUCUCUUCUUACAAAUUUGAUUUAUUUGGAUUUAUCAAAUAAUCCAUUACCUGGUGAGAUACCAAAAUUUUUUUCUCUUCUUACAAAUUUGAUUCAUUUGGAUUUAUCAAAUAAUCAAUUACAUGGUGAGAUACCAACUUGUUUUUCUCUUCUUAUAAACUUGACGUACUUAAUUCUUUGUCAAAACAACUUACAAGGUUUCAUACCAGAGUUUAUUGGAUAUUUAUCUAAGUUAGAAGAACUUCAUAUUUGGGGAAAUAACUUUACAGGAAGUAUUCCAGAUAAGUUGGGGACGAAUGGGUUAUUGAGUUACCUAGAUGUUUCUUCAAAUAAGCUUAGUGGUCCAAUCCCUGAGAGUUUAGGGAGUUGUAAGUUACUAUAUUUUCUAAAUUUGACAGAUAAUAAACUCACGGGCCAGUUACCUGUCAACAUUGGAAAGCUUACGUUUCUUAGUUAUUUUUCGGUUGCCAACAAUAACUUGAUUGGAAAAAUCACACCACAUAUUACAGGAUACAAUGUCACGAAUUUUAAAAACUCUUCUAUCUGCAACUUGGUUAAUCUUCAAAUCCUUGAUUUAUCUUAUAACAAGUUUAAUGGAGAAGUUCCUCAUUGCUUGGGCAAUACUAGUACUGAAUUAGUUGUAUUGAAUCUCCAAUCAAAUAAUUUCAAGGGCAUCAUUCCAUCAACAUUUUCUACUUGUGAUUCAUUGGAAUAUGUAGAUUUCACUGACAAUCAGUUAGAAGGAGCUAUACCUAGGUCUUUAUCUAAAUGUAGAAACCUGAAAGUCCUAUAUUUGAGGAACAACAAAUUCAAAGAUGUAUUCCCCUAUUGGUUAGGUAGCCUUCCAUCUUUAGAGGUUCUCAGCCUACCCUUUAAUAAAUUUCAUGGUGAUAUAACCAACAAUUUAUCAAAGAUUGCAACAUUUUCUUUUUCAAAUCUACAAAUUCUCGACCUUUCAAACAAUAAUUUCUGUGGUAAGUUGCCAUUCAUGUACAUCAAACAAUUUCGUUCCAUGAUGGAUAUCAACAUAUCUACUAUAGGAAGUCCAAGCUACUUAGAAAAUGAAUUUGGUAAUUAUAUGUACUCCAUCACGAUGAUAGUAAAGGGGAAGCAACUGGAUUAUAAGAAGAUAAUUACUUCUAUGUCAACAUUUGAUAUGUCUAAUAAUCACUUUGAAGGAGAGAUUCCAAAUUCUAUAGGGAUGUUGCGAGCACUUCGAAAUCUUAAUCUCUCGCAUAACCUCCUUACCGGAAACAUCCCUCCAUCCUUCGGGAACUUAUCAUCGUUGGAAGGUUUAGACCUAUCAUCAAAUAGGCUUUUCGGUGAAAUCCCUCAAGAACUUGUUAGUUUAACAUUUCUCGAGGAUUUUAAUGUUUCAUAUAAUCAACUGGAAGGGCCUAUACCCCAUGGUAACAAUUUUAAUACCUUCUCAUCUGAUUCAUACGAGGGAAAUCUUGAAUUGUGUGGAGCGCCAUUACUUGAAUGCAAAAACAAUAUUGUUGUGCAAACUUUGAACAAUGAUAAUGUGGAAGAAAAAACAAAAUUAUCGAUGUGGAAAGUUGUAGUGAUUGGAUUUGGAAGUGGUACAAUAGUUGGUUUGGCUUGGGGGUACUAUACAUUGUCAGUGGGGAAGCCUUUUUGGCUUUUUAAAUUGUUGAACAAGAUGGAAUGAGCUUUACUUGAUUUUCAUAACCACCAUUUCUGUAGAAGAAGUAGAACAAGAAGAACAAAGAACUAAAAGUGAUCAUCUAUCUGAGAAACAUUUCAUUUGUAGCAAGAAGUAGAGUAUGAUGGAAUGGGCCUUUUUGGGCUUUACUUGAAUUUGUAGCGGUUUUUUUUUCACUGUACUUUAUUUUGUUUUUCUCCAAUUUAAGUUAUAUCCUUGUUAUGAGAGGUAUAUAAGAGUAUUUAUGAUGACCAAAUGUAUAUUAGACUCGUAGAAAUGAAGCAUGGCCAAGUAAAAAAAAAAAUUGAUUAAAAUAAAAAAUGCACUAAUGUCCUAAAU